UUAGCGGCAGCCGGAGAGGGAGGUGGAUACCUGAAUCUCCCCACUGAGAGACCAAAUUGCUUUGGAGAUCCUAGAAAGGGAGUCUUUCUUGAAGGAAAAUGGAAGGGGGGCAAAAUGCAUCUAGCUUUGGAAAUAGGAAUUAAAGUCAGAUGUCAUGGAAGAGGAAGGCAAGUGUGCGCACUCAAAAAUUCAACCGGAUGAGAGGUUCCAGGAAGUAAAAAGGACUUUGGAUGAGCCUGGGGGGUGGGGGAAGUGAGAUUAUCUAGGAAGCUAGCGAAGUAAUAGCAGGAAUGUGUCUGACUGGUCUUCUGGCAACUCAACAAAAUGUGGUGCUAAGAAAAUCCGAAAACGUAGUGUCUCUAAGCGUUUGUUGAUAGGAUAGCAGGGAUUUGUGUUUAAUACUGGAAGAGAUCAAUUCCCUACUGAUGCAGAAGUGGAGGUCUCCUUACUCUGGGUUAAGGAACGCUGGUCCUUCCUUCCUGUCUGCUGAGGAUAGCGUGCCACGGCGUGCCACGGCGUGCUUCAUUGCUCAAUCAAGGUGUUCUGCAGGUGUUACGAGUCUGCCCUACAGACCAGAACGUGGAGAUCGUGGCUGAUGGCGGCUGGCUUUGUGUCCCAGUGGAGCAGAGGACAGACCGCCACGCUCAUCUUGUGAACUUUGGGUUUUGCUGACUAAUGAUUUCCUUUUGUAUAAAGCCUCCUCUCCUCUCGCUUUUAAGACCACAAAGAGAACAUCUUCUUCCACGGUGAGCAUUAUCUCUAACCUUCCUUCAAAGUGAAAUUACCAGAGGACUCGUGGGUUGUUACUGGCAAUUUAACCAUCCAUGAAUUGUUGCCGGACAUCACCAAGCAAUUCCUGGGUUUUCCCCACAGUAAACCUCUGCUGCUUUGGAUUUUUCUCAAUGAUGAAACCAUCAGAACCGUUUGUGGUACCUUAUUUAGCAGGACCAGAUAAAAAUAUAAGCCUCGGUGUGAUCACAAAUGAGAUCUUCCCAAUCUGGACAUACUCUUACCUGGUGCUGCUGCUCCCCGUGUUCAUCCUGACCGAUUACGUCCGCUACAAGCCAGUCAUCAUCCUGCAAGGAGUCAGCUUCAUCAUCACCUGGCUGUUUCUUGUAUUUGGCCAAGGAUUAAGAGCCAUGCAGGUGCUAGAGUUCUUCUAUGGAAUGGUCUCUGCCACCGAGGUGGCGUACUAUGCCUACAUUUACAGCGUGGUCAGCCCCGAGCACUACCAGAAAGUGAGCGGCUACUGCAGGAGCAUCACGCUGGUGGCCUACACAGCAGCCUCGGUGCUGGCCCAGCUCCUGGUGUCCCUGGCCAGCCUCUCGUACUUUUGCCUCAACAUCAUAUCUUUGGCCUCCGUCUCUGUGGCCUUUCUUUUCUCACUUCUCCUACCAAUGCCUAAGAAGAGCAUGUUUUUUCAUGCAAAACCCAGCACAGGGGCUUCUCCAAAACCAGGAGGAAGAGAUGCUUUCUUAGAGGAACCUCAAAAGGGUCACAAACCAGUCUGCCAAGAAACAUUCACCUUCUCAAGGAAUCUGGAUGAUGGUUCGUUAAGCACUCCAAAGCCGGAAAACGUAACUUUGAGGGUUUUUGUGCAGUGGUUCCAAGAUCUGAAGGAGUGCUACUCCUCAGAGCAACUUUUUUACUGGUCCCUGUGGUGGGCCUUCUCCACAGCAGGUUUCAAUCAGGUUUUGAACUAUGUUCAAAUCCUGUGGGAUUACAAGGCACCGUCCCAGAGUUCUACAAUCUAUAAUGGAGCAGUAGAAGCCCUUGCAACCUUUGGAGGGGCUCUGGCAGCCUUCACAGCAGGCUGUGUGAAAGUCAACUGGGAUCUCCUGGGAGAGAUGGCCCUGGCAGUGUUCUCAGCAGUGGAUGCCGGUUCUCUACUUCUCAUGCAUUACACAAAUAAUAUUUGGGUGUGCUAUGCUGGUUUUGUGAUAUUCAAGUCAAGUUACAUGCUUCUCAUAACAAUAGCAGCAUUUCAGGUUGCUGUUAAUCUCAGUGUGGAACGCUAUGCCCUGGUGUUCGGAAUCAACACCUUCAUUGCCCUGGUGAUCCAGACUGUCAUGACUGUAGCUGUGGUUGACAACCAGGGACUGGGACUUCCGGUCAGCAUCCAGUUUUUAAUUUAUGGGAGUUAUUUUUCUAUUAUUGCUGGAAUUUUCCUGAUGAGAAGCAUUUACAUAAUCUGUUCAGCCAAAUGCGGAAAGGAAGAAUGUAUGUCUACUGUUACUGGUCAGAAUCCAAGUGAACCGGAGAACUCAAUGUCUGAUUAAGAUAUCAUAAAAGACAGGAUUAUCAUCAACCUUAUCAACACCACAUCAAAAUCUCUGCUAUGGGCUGGUGAACUGGAUACAACCAAAAACUAUAGUCAACUAAGUUGAAACCAGCCAUCUUUAUGGCCUUCGUGAGCAACUAGGACCCUAAAUACAGUUUUAAUACUUUAGAGUCCACCCCAAAAGAACAUGGAAAUCAGACAAAUGGGGCCAUCCAAGAACAGAAACAUGAACUAUCACAGAGUGAAUGAUAUAUACUGGUUUUUGUGCCCAACUUCAUAAAAGUGUGAUUUGUUUUGGUUUGAAUAGUAGAUAAAAAAGUUUCUCAUGCAGGCCUGAUGCAUAGUAAAUGAUCAACAUGUGAUAACCAUUAUGAUUAUACUCAUACUAUAUACUAUGAAAAAAGCUAGAAUGGGGGAAAUCAUUUAAUUCCUAUAAAAUUAAGCCAAAAAAAAUAAGGAAAAAAAAUUUUUUAAGAUUUUAUUUAUUUAUUUGACAGAGAUCACAAGUAGGCAGAGAGGCA